AGAGAGUAAUGGCGACAAAUUCUGAAAGCUCCUUUGAAGCAGAGAAAUCAGAUGGAGACUGUGUUACUACUACUACUACUACUAAUAAAGCACAACAAAGUAGUCGCAUUUUGAGCCAGGAAGAGGAGAACGUGAGAGAUGGCUACUUGUUCUGCUGUGAGAAUUUCUACACUCUUCCUGAGAUGAUCAAUUACAUGAAGGAGAAUCACGGUGUUGAGCAGACCACUGUGACUAAGGUUUUUAGGGAACUCUUAAAGGGUACAGAAGCAGAGGCAUAUCUCAGAGUAUCACAUAAAAGAAUGAAGACAAGAACUACUACUUGAACAGAGGAUGACUUGUAGAUUGGUUUUGUUUGAAAUUCGUUGGUUUUUGGGUUAUAUAGUAAGAAACAGACUACUUGUAUUAUUUAUGUCAUAUUCCGGUUUAGUAUCUUCUUCCAUU